UCGGAGCUGGGCGGCCUCGCAGUGUGUCUGAGUCUGAAGCUGCUCCCAUCAAUGUGUGUGUGUGUGUGUGUGUGUGAGUGAGAGAGGGGAGUUCUGUACUUUUUAAUGAUCCGGACUCAAGCUGACGUGUUCUCGUGUUGAUCCGUCUGCAGGCAGCUGAUGAACCCCUGACGGACCCGGACCCCGAGGAGGACUGAGACCCUGAGAGACCGCUUCAACACCGCAAGUUCAGUUUCUUGCAUAUUGGUGGCUGAACUUCCAUCAGGGAGCCACCACUCUGAAUCCAACAUGGCCGACAACGUGAAUUCUUUACCGUUCUUCUAUGGAAACAUCACCAGAGAAGAGGCGGAGGAUUACCUGCGUCAGGCCGGCACCAUAAACGGCCUGUACUUGCUUAGGCAGAGCAGAAACUAUCUGGGAGGUUUCGCUCUGUCCGUGCAGCACUCCGGCCGCUGCUACCACUACACCAUCGAGAGGGAGGGCAACCAGACGCAGACGUACGCCAUCGCUGGAGGGAAGAGCCACCGCAGCCCAGAGAACGUGAUCGACUACCACGCCCAGGAGACGGACGGGCUGGUGUGUCUGCUGAAGAAACCCUGCAACAGACCCAAAAACAUGCUGCCAAAGGUGGGCCCGUUUGAGGACCUGAAGGAGAAACUGAUCCGAGAGUACGUGAAGCAGACCUGGAACCUGCAGGGAGCAGCUCUGGAGCAGGCCAUCAUCAGUCAGAGGCCUCAGCUGGAGAAGCUCAUCGCCACGACGGCUCACGAGCGCAUGCCGUGGUUUCACGGGUUGAUAACUCGAGAGGACUCGGAGCCCCGGCUGCAGAGGGGGUCGCGGACUAACGGGAAAUUCUUGAUCCGUCAGAGAGAUCAGAGCGGAUCCUACGCUCUGUGUUUACUUCACGAAGGACAAGUCAUGCACUAUCGCAUCGACAGGGACGGGAGCGGAAAACUCUCCAUCCCAGACGGCAAGAAGUUUGACACCUUGUGGCAGCUGGUGGAGCACUACUCCUACAAACCUGACGGCCUCCUGCGAGUGCUGACCGACCCGUGUCCAAGACCUGGGGGCGACGCCGGGCAGACGGAACGACCUCUGCUCUCAACCGACCACCCGGGACUCAACUCAGCAAUCGGUCGACCAUCUCAACGCAGCCCCAGAAACGAUUUGAAUACUUACGAAACCAAACUGCCCAACAAUCAGGCGGCCGGCAAAGAGGCCAUGCCCAUGAGCACAGAGGUGUUUGAGAGUCCGUACGCAGACCCCGAUGAACUGAGGAGCGCCACAGUGGACAGAGACCAUCUCAUGCUGGAGGACGGAGAGCUGGGCUCCGGGAACUUUGGGACAGUCAUGAAAGGCAUCUACAAGAUGAGGAAGACGGAGAAGCAGGUCGCAGUAAAAAUCCUGAAGAACGAUGACAACAACCUGUCAGUGCGCGAGGAGAUGCUGAGAGAGGCUAACGUAAUGCAGCAGCUGGAUAACCCGUACAUCGUCCGGAUGAUCGGGAUCUGCGAGGCGGAGAACCUGAUGCUGGUCAUGGAGCUGGCCGAGCUCGGACCGCUCAACAAGUUCCUGCAGAGGCACAAGCAGACGAGCAUAAAGAACCUGACAGAGCUGGUCCAUCAGGUCGCCAUGGGCAUGAAGUAUCUGGAGGAGCAUAACUUCGUCCACAGAGACCUCGCUGCCAGGAACGUGCUGCUCGUCACGCAGCACUACGCCAAGAUCAGCGACUUCGGUCUCUCCAAGGCCGUCGCCGAGGAACAGAACUACUACAAGGCAAAGGGUCAUGGGAAAUGGCCGGUGAAGUGGUACGCUCCGGAGUGUAUAAACUACUUCAAGUUCUCUUCCAAGAGUGACGUGUGGAGCUUCGGGGUUCUGAUGUGGGAGGCUUACUCCUACGGCCAGAAACCUUAUAAGGGGAUGAAGGGAAACGACGUGAUGCAGAUGAUCGAGAGCGGACAGAGGAUGGACACUCCUCUGAACUGUCCUCCAGAGAUGUACGACCUGAUGAGGAACUGCUGGACAUACAAGGCCGAUGAGCGUCCUGGAUUCAGCGUGGUGGAGAUGAGACUACGAGAUUAUUAUUACGACAUCUCUCAGUGAUUUUCACACUGAUGAUAUGAGACUAUGCAAACUAUCUAGCGAUGAGAAACAUGACGUUGAAUCCUGUAUGAGUGACGCAGAUGAACUAUGAAAGCUGUUGUAAGUUAUUGGCUUCAACUGAAGGAUGUAUUCAAACUUUUAAAAACAUAAUUAUGCAAGAUGUCUUUUUGUUUUGUUACUUUUUUUUCCUCCUGAAUGUAAACAAUAUUCAAGCUCUAAUAAACCGAACAAACGAACAUUCAUCUGAAAAUACCAGAACACA